AUGGCCAAGUGGUUGCCCGUCGAUCCAGCUUUGGAAACAGAGGAACAAACCCACUUCACCUGGCGUUUACCGAACUGGACGGAAUUGGAGAAGACAGAACUAAGUCCGAAGUUUGAAUGCGGUGGCUCAAAGUGGAGGAUCCUACUCUACCCCCAUGGAAAUCGCCAUAACCAGCAUCUAUCUGUAUACCUCAAGCACGGCUACGAUGAGGGAGAGAUGCCAGGGCAUUGGAGUGCCUGUGUCCAGUUCGCUUUGGUCCUAUGGAAUACCGAGAGCCCAUCAUCUUACAUUUCCAAAAAUGCCAAAUUCCGUUUCUCCACAGAUGGGCCGGAUUGGGGUUUCACCAAAUUUUGCGAACUUAGAAAGUUGUUAGGAUAUCUCGGGGAUAAGCCAUCCCUUCUGGGUAACGAGGAGGCGAAUAUAACCGUUUACGUGCGCAUUAUCAGAGACCAUACUGGAGUCCUAUGGCAUACUUUUCUUGACUACGACUCGAAGAAAGCUACUGGUCUAAUUGGCCUAAAAAACCUUGGCUCAACUGGCUAUCUGAAUGUCAUAUUGCAGAGUUUCUAUUUUACGAACAUAUUCCGUAAGGUCACUAAGAUCAAGGAGACUGUUUAUCAGCUACCACUUGAUAAUGAUUCAUCCAAAAACACGUUUCUGUGGGCACUACAACGCCUUUUCUACUCACUACAAACCGACGAUAGUCCUGUCUCAGCUCUAGAGCUUACCAGAGGACUUGGAUGGGGACCCCAGCAUCUCUUUAUGCAACAGGAUGCCCAAGAGAUGGCUAGGGUGUUCAUGGAGCGAUUUGCGGUGGAAUCCAAACUUUCUGAUAUUUUUCUUGGCAGAGUAAAGAGUUACAUCUCCGUCGAUGGCGUCCAAAAGCUGAGGAUAGAAAAGUUCUUAGAUAUCAGUCUCAAUGUCCAGAAUAUUCCUUCUCUUGCAGAGAGCUUUCAAGACUACAUCAGGGAGAAUACCGAUGAGGAACGGACCGAACAUGGCAUCAGGAAAACCGCAACUGGCGUUAUCUUUGGAAGCUUCCCUACUGUUCUUCAUCUCCACUUGAAGCGAUAUGCAUAUGACAUGGCUCAGCGCCAACUACUGAAAGUGAACGACACUUUCAGUUAUCCUGAGGAAUUUGAUGCCUCUCCUUAUCUCUCAGCCGAUUCGGACAUGUCUGAGCCAUGGAUAUACCGACUCACUGGUGUUGUUGUGCACAGUGGAGGUGUCCAUGGCGGUAGGUACUGGGUAUACUUGCGUCCUUCGCCAAACGGGUCCUUUUAUAAAUUUGAUGACGACAAGGUCACUCGUGCAAUGCUAAGGAACGUCAUGGAAGAAAAUUAUGGAGCAGAGGGGAAGGCGACGAACGCAUAUAUGUUACUUUAUGUACGGAAGUCGAGGAUAGAUGAUAUCCUUGUUGACGUUAUAGAGGCCGAUAUCCCCACAUAUAUCAAAACUGGAUUGGCGCAAGACCGGGAAACGGCUGAACGACAAAAAAAAGAAAAGGAAGAGGAUCCUCUCUACAUGGGAAUUAGCCUUAUUACAGCCUCCUCACCGCAUGUGCCUUUGCUUCAGCCUGAAGUUACAAUCGAAAAGGCAUUUCUAAAUGUUGCUGCCAGAGGAAAAAUCCACCAACUCUGGGUUGAAGUUGGGCCGACAGUGGCAGGAGUACCAGUGCCCCCACCCAAAGUGACCACUGAGGGGACAACAAUCAUGAUAUUUCUCAAGUAUUUCGAUGUGGUUAAUCAAACACUGGGUGGCGUUAAUACUCUCUACGUUCAACAGGGGAGUGCAGUUGGUCCUACCGUCCUGACAGCAAUGGGAUGGCCAAGGGACGUCAAAUUUUCGGUCCACGAGGAAGUGAAGCCCUCAAUGAUUCUCAGCGUCGAUGUUAAUACAACAUUUGAGCGCGCUGAAUUGGGAAACGGAGAUAUUCUAUGUGUUCAACGGAGGGUGAAACGGAACGAGUAA